UCGACAGGCCUACGAAUGGUGGUUGCACGACAUGUACUACAAUAUCCCGCUGUGUCUGCCAGUUAAUGUGAGCCCCGGCAUGGUGUUCCCGCCUAGGGUGUUCCGCAGUAACUCUGACAUAGCACGCUACGCUGCUCGCCUCGUCACUCUUGCUGCUCACCACAAGGAUAAAGUGGAAAGGAAAGCACUGCCAGUAGAGCGAGCCACCUCCAGAGAAAAGGGCCAACCUCUCUGCAUGUCCCAGUACUACCGCCUCUUCUCCAGCUAUCGAGUGCCUGGACUCCAGCAGGAUUCGCUCAUCUCUACCAAUCCCACAACUGAGCAUAUCAUUGUUGCCUGCUCUAAUCAGUUGUACGCUGUUUUCCUAAGGCCUAAUAGUUCCAGUGAGCGAUUAUCGGAAGAUGACCUCGCCUCUCAGUUUGCUCACAUCCUUAGUUCCCCAGUUGGAAGAGUGGCUCCAGUGGGCAUCCUCUCAUCUCAGCGUCGAGACCACUGGGCAGAGAGCCGUGAUAUUCUCAGACGAGACGAUCGUAAUCGACAGAACUUAGACCUCAUAGAGAACUGCAUGCUGGUUAUUUGUUUGGAUCAAAAGCCACUACCCAACAAGUUUAACCGUAAACCGGGACCAAGAGGCGCUGACGGCCAUCGAGGGGAAGGGAGAGACGAGACAAACAUGGCUCAUCAGAUGCUACAUGGAGGAGGAAGUGCCUUCAACUCAGGGAACAGAUGGUUUGACAAAACUAUUCAGCUGGUCAUCUGUCCUGACGGGGUGAACGGUCUGUGUUACGAGCACUCUCCGUCAGAGGGGGUAGCUGUCAUCCAACUGAUGGAAGAGUUCCUGGAGAAUUGUCGGGACUUGGAGCCAAGCACUUCGUCCAUACCACCGUCCAGCAACGCACUGCAACCUCUCCAGUGGAACAUUCCUCCUGUGCUGGAGAAACACAUGCGUGAUGCUAGUCAAUCCAUUGACAACUUGGUGGAGGACUUGGAUUUCUACGUGUACCGCUACAACGGAUAUGGGAAGGAUUUCAUCAAAUCGUGCAGCGUUAGCCCAGAUGUCUACAUUCAACUCGCAUUGCAGCUGGCCUACCACAAACUGUACGGAAGGCUGACGGCAACAUACGAGAGUGCGUCCACUCGCCGCUUCCUGUUAGGACGUGUGGAUUGUAUCCGCUCUGCUACCACGGCAGCUCUGCAGUGGGUGUCAGCUAUGAACCAAUCUGAGGACACUACCGGCACACCCGACCCGCUCCACCCCAACAAGCGGGUUACUUUCAGCAUCUACACGGACGCAGAGAAACUGAAGCUGUUCGAUGAAGCGGUGAAGUGCCAGACCGACAUCAUGGUGGCUAACAUUCUGGGCCAGGGUAUAGACAUCCACCUGCUGGGCCUCAGAGAGCAGGUCAAGGAGAUGGGCUUGGGUCUCGAACUCUUCUCGGACGAGGCUUACAAGAUUGCAAAUCACUUUGCUUUGUCCACUAGUCAGGUGGCCACACAAUCUGAUAGUUUCAUGGGGUAUGGGCCGGUGGUACCUGACGGAUACGGGGCUUCAUACAACCCCAAACCCUCCCAGAUCAUCUUCUGCCUCUCAGCCUUCCACUCCUCAGAGAUCACCAAAGCCUCCAGGUUCGCCCACAGUCUUGAGGAGAGCCUUAACGCUAUGCAACUCCUGCUGCUGCAGCGAAUCAAGUAGACUACUGACCAACACCAAAGCCAUUCUCACCGAGAAACUUAAGCGUCGCUUUUAUUCUUUGAACAUCUAUUUAUUGCAUGUAUAUUUUAGCUUCUAGCAGACUAUUCGAGCUUGUACAAUUAUGAACCUAUAAGCAAUCUUGAAUAGAAGUGGCUUCAAAGCUCAAUUCAAAGCUAAACAGAACAUAUCUUAAAUGCUCAAUACUAUUUCAGGAGGCAUUUCCAAAUAUGUAAUUUCAUAUAGUUUACAACAAGCAUUCUGUGGUUUCAUUGUUAUUUCUAUAUCUGAUGUCAUCAGUAUAAGUUUUAGAUUGUAAAUACCUGAUAGUUUCUAAGGUUCAGCAUUUUCACAAAAUUAUCAACAACUUUCAUUGGAGUAAUUUGAUUAAAUUGACGUUUAAAUAAAUGUUCUUGAUCUCUGAAAAAGUGGCAUCUUCAGAAGUUUUAGUAUACUGUUUCUUGUUUAUACAAAAUGUUGUGACUGGAUUAAUUUUUGGUCGAUUGCUGCAAUAUUUCGAUGCAACCGUUUGAUGCGCAAUGAUCUUAUGAACUAUAUUUGAAAACUAUUAAUAGUUAAUAAGCCUUAAUAUUUCUGAUAUUUUUUCAUACAGAAAUCCUUGAAGAAACCCACAAGAUUUGUGAUAAAGAAAUGUUACCUUAUAUUUUCCAUAUUUUUAUUGUUGUAAAUUUCAAUAUUUUAUCAUUAUAACAAUAGUUUAACAUUGUUACUUUGCACAAUCGCAAAGAUAGGCACAAAGAAUGUGAUUAACAAUAGAGAAAGUGAUAUUUUACUUUAUUUUAAUAUUUGUCGUUUAUUUUAUUAUACAACAAGAUUCUUUUAAAUGGUUAUGUUUGUAUUCUAUGUUGGAUAUUCUACAAAUAUUUGUCGGAUAUUGAAUUUGUGUGUAUAACAAGCGGAUUGCUCUUUAGGUCUUUUUUAUAAAUUCCUCUUACUUCAAUCAAGAAAGCCCUGAUUUUAUCAUUAUAUACAUACUUAAAAAUGAUGUAUAUAUAUAUAAUAUUGAAUAGCAGCAUUGAUUGCGAAAACGGCGGUAACGAAAAGGUCGUGCUACUCUUCGGCUCGAUUCAUUCCAAACGCCAGCCGACAAAAGGUAGGUUUGAUUAAAACCCCACUUGCCCUAGUUUGCACAAAUAAGUAACUGUUUUUUAUUUUGAGUGAUAAAUACAGUGCAUAGUAAAAUAUCACUUUCUAACUAAUGUUACAAAACAAUUCAGUGUUACGUUGUUGGCUAAUUGUUUAAAUAUAUUCCUGUUAUUUGUUAAUUUUAUAAUAACUAAUCUUCGUUACAAGUGAAAUAUACUAUACUGUUAUAGUCUUCUCACACUAGACCUCAUAUAUAUCAAACUUCUAGCAUGACUGUAAUACAUGAACAUAUCAACUUGGUGCUCAUAAGCUAUUGUUAAUGACCAAGGAAAAGAAACAUAUCACUUAGGAUAAGUUAGGUUAGAUUUGACGUUCCUUGUAACAAACAUAUCAGUCAGUGUUCAAUAAUACUCUUACGUGUGGUGUUGUAUAUCUAUUAUGUUACCUAAGGGGAAAUAUUUUAAAAAUAGUUUAUAUUUUGGGCCGAUUAAACAUUUUAUUGUUAAAUAAAAUCAUUAAAUCACUGACACUUCAUAGCCUUGAAAGAAAUAUGUUCAAAUAAUACCAGCACAAGAAUUAGUAAGUUUCAAAAUACCUUAUACAUUUUUAAAAUUCCUGAAAAGUAUUUUCUUAAAAAUUGAAAAUUAAAUGCUAGGUGAGGCAAUUACUAUUUUUAUAUGUAAAUGUUUCUAUGCACAAAAUUGUAAAUACAUAUAAUAACAAAGUAGAAGAGUGUACAUUCUUUAAAGAUUCUGAUGAGGCAUCUUACAUUUUCAUUAUCUGAGGUGGUUAAAAAGUCCAAUAUAGUUACCAAAAUAAAAUUAUAUAUGAGUUACCAAAAAUGUGUUGACUGUUAUAACGCAAGCUUUUUUUUAAAUAAGGUAAGAUUAUAACGUUGAAAGUCAUAAUUUUAUUAAAGUUAAGUGUAUUUUACGGAUUACAUAACAUGAUAUUUAUAAAAUUAUGUUAAUGUUGUUUGAUUUGUAAUUAUUGUUAAGGAUAUAGGAUUUUUGACGGACAUUCAUCAUCGUCCAGUGAUACAAAGAAAUCAGUAACACUACGUUUCGAGAUCUGCAAGGUGAUCUCUUCUUCAGGUAAAUAACUA